AUGAAGGCUGGGAGCUCUGUGGCUGGCAGAGCAAAAGUCUUGCACUCCUACCAGGUUUCAGCGUCGCACGUCGUGCCCAUUUUCUCGACCUCGCCUCUCGACCUUACAAUAUCCAUGAUCGCCAUCUUGCUCGUCGGCGCCGCGUAUAUCAUUCUUCCCUUCCCAAAAGUUGGCGAAAUUGAAGAGGUCUUGAAUCUGGGUGAGGCGCGUUCCCCAGUAGCGUUAUCUCGAGAGCGCCGUUCUCAACUGUCCAGUUUUUCGGUCAAAGUCAUCGAUCCUCAAGAACUUCUACACGAAAGCUAUCUGGGCUUGAGUAGUACAGAAGUACUUCCUCCAUGUACCCUCAGCCCCGAUCAGACUGCCUUCCUCUUUUCGUCAUUCGAGGAUGUGGAUUAUAUUCGCACCUCCCACGCACAAGCAACCGAACGACUUCGUGCCUUGUUUGACUCAUUCAAAGUGACGAUGACGAGCCGCGUCUUGGUUAUACCUAACUCAUCAAGCCGUAUGGUGCAUGGAAUCCUAUGGAAUGUCUUCUCGCACGGCGCGACUCUCUGUGUUUCCUCUUCUGAAAGUUCUCCGCUCAGUUCCAUUACUUAUAGCCACUGUUCGCAUGUUGUCCUCGAUUCGGAUGAUGCCUUACAGAACAUCAAGCAAUUCAGAGAGCAGAGCGAUCUUAGUGAUGACUCGGCCUGUAAGCUGCCGAUCCUGAUAGUCCCAGAUGAGAUUACAUGGGAUAGUGGUUUAUUUGAAAAUGCCAUCCAGUACAAUGAAACAACCACAAGCUUGAAGAAAGAACCGGAAGUCACUAUUCAGCAUAAAAUCGAAAUUCUGUACCAAUCCCCCUCCCAGGCCCUAGACGUUCUUGAAGUUCUCGCUUCUAUUCCGUCAGGACAGAUUCUUCAUCAAACUGGGUCGAUUAUCACGAAGAUACGGGAUGACCUUGUCGUCAAAUAUGGCUGCGGUGUUUUCCAUGCUGAGGCAGCAGCGAUGUUGUUCGUCCGCGAGCACACCCAGAUCCGCGUCCCAGCCGUCCAUCUCGUUUUCCGACACCGCUCCAUGACACAUAUCGUGAUGGAAUACGUGGAUGGCACUUCGCUGGAUCUCUCCUGGCUGGAUCUCGAUGACGACCGCCGGCCAACAGUGCUCUCCAAAGUCUCCGAAUACAUCCAGCAACUGCGCAGCAUCGAGUACACAUCGUCUCACCCAGGUCCCAUCGGCGGCACCGUUUGCCGCGGGCCAUGGUUCACUCUCUACAACGCAGGUCCCUUCAGCACCCACUCAGCCUUGGUCGCCUGGCUCAAUCACAAGCACAAGGUUGGAGGAGGGGCCGGAGACGGCUUCUCCGACGCGUACAAGCUUGUCUUUACGCAUCAAGACCUUGCCCCCAGAAACUUCAUGCUCGACAAGGACGGUCAAUUGUGGAUGAUUGACUGGGAGUUGGCUGGGUGGUACCCAGCGUACUUCGAAUAUGCUUGCACUGCUUCUGUACGCGGUGCUCCUAGUGACUGGAUCGACGCCCUGCUUCGCAUGCUUGGACCGUUCAAAGAAGAGUCCAGCACGCUUGAAAGCAUUACUGGGGCUCUCGAACGUCUUCCCUUCGCAUAA